AUGUCCAGUGCCAUCUCCCAUAAUGCGUCUGGCGUCGUGCGGCCGCGCGCUAUCCCCCUGCCCAAGGCAGAUGUGAGUCUCACGCCGCCCGUGGUGGACAAGCUGGCUGCGGACACCAGUGGCCGUUCUACCCCGGUCCCCGAAGAUGCGCCCCCUUCAGCGCAUUCGAUCUCAACUGCUCGCAAGCAAGUGCGGGCUCGGAAUCGCCUCUUCUAUACGAUCGACUACGUACCCCGCGUGUCUCACUUUGAUCCCGAGAGCGACUACCAUAACUUCCGCGGCUUCUUCAUCCUUUUCUGGAUCUCUUUGUUUAUCAUGGUGGUCACCACCGUGUUGCGCAAUGUCAAAGAUACCGGGUAUCCGCUGCGAGUCCGGGUUUGGAGCUUGUUGAGCGCCAAUGUGUGGGAAUUGGCCAUAAGUGAUCUAGCCAUGGUCACGAGCUCCGCGCUUGUCUUGCCAAUGCACAAGCUGUACCGAAGCGGUCCGCGCUGGCUUCGUUGGGCUCGCGGUGGAGUGUUUCUGCAGAGUGUCGGUGAAGCAAUCUGGCUAGCUGUAUGGGUCAACUGGCCGUUCAUGCGCAUUUGGACCUGGACUGCCCAGGUGUUCUUUACCCUCCACCUGUUGACGAUUCUCAUGAAAUUGCACUCAUACGCUUUCUACAAUGGCCACCUAAGCGAGACUGAGUGCCGUCUUUCCGCUCUUGACAAGUCUGAUUCGAUGGCGCCGAGCUCUCCGGUUGCAGUUCAUUACCCAGACUCUUCCGGACGGCGGCUACCGAAGAAGCUGCAACAUGACGAGGACGCUCCCGCUGAACCGCUGAGCCGUCUGCGCGAAGAUCUGGCUACAGAGCUGACUUCUCCUCUCGGCAAUAUUUCGUACCCUCAAAACCUUAACGUAGCAAACUAUGUGGAUUAUCUCUUCUGCCCGACCCUGUGCUACGAAAUUGAGUAUCCCCGCCGAAGCCACCGGCGCUGGUCAGAGAUUACUUACAAGACCAUGGCCGUGUUUGGUUGCAUAUUCCUGUUGACACUGACAAGUGAGGAGUUCAUCCUGCCAGUCCUCAACGAAGCCCAUGCCCAGCUCGAAACGGUUACCAACAUGGUUGAUAAGGCGCUCGUCUUGGCUGAGACUAUCAGCAUGCUUCUAUUCCCCUUUAUGAUAACCUUCCUGCUGGUAUUCCUGGUUAUCUUCGAAUACAUUCUGGGUGCAUUCGCCGAACUGACCCGGUUUGCGGACCGACACUUCUACUCCGACUGGUGGAACUCGUGUGACUGGCUCGAGUUCUCCCGCGAGUGGAACGUUCCUGUCCACAACUUCCUCUUCCGCCACGUUUACUUCCCAGCCCGUACCUACUUCUCGAAGCCCAUUGCCAUGCUCAUUACCUUCUUGGUAAGCGCCGUUUUCCACGAGCUGGUCAUGAGCUGCAUCACAAAGAAGCUACGUGGAUACGGUUUCGUUUGCAUGAUGCUGCAACUGCCCAUCGUGGCAGCCCAGAAGUCUCGUUUGAUGCGGGGCCGAACGGUCCUCAAUAAUGUAUUUUUCUGGUUCUCAAUGAUUCUCGGUCUUUCGUUAAUGUGUGUACUCUAUGUCUUGUUCUAA